ACAAUAUACAAACAAUUACAUCCACAUUAGAUGUCAUGUGUGGCUUUGCCGCAGUAAUGAGGUCAUCUUUUCAUUUUCAGGUGGAUAAAAGGCAAAGUCUGUAUAAUGAAGUGAAUUGAUAAAGUGUAUGCGAGAUCGUCAGCAAGAUUACUCCGUAUGUUAGCUUCAUAAUAACUGUUGAUAGAAAAACUGUUAGAAUUCUGAGACCUCCAAUGUGAAAUAAUAAUAAUAAGCGUACAGCCAAGGUUGCAUGGAGAUUGAAAACUGCUAAAGCCGCCAGUGCAAGCUUCCGGACAAUCAAAACACAUUUUUAGCCCGGAAGUUUGCCGCUUUUGACUAGUUGAAGCACACGUAGUUCUGAUGUACUUGUAAUUCACUUUUAUAUUGAUGUGAAUUUCAUUAAAGUAUGUAAAAUAUGUAGCUGCUAAGGUCGCAGUAAAAGCUUUAAAACAGUCAAGGUAAUCGGGAGAGAUGGCAUUAAAUUACACUGAACAGCUUAAUAUAACCACUGAUAAGGCAAUAGUGUCAAUCAAGGAUGGACAAAUAUUUGAUGAUGUUGAAAAAGCCGCUUGGAAAAUUUACAUUUUGCCGUUUAUAUUAACGUUUCUAUACGCAAUGCUGGGCUUUAUUGGAAACUCUACAGUGAUAUAUAUUUACUGGAAAAGGUGGAAGAAAAAUAGAACUCGUGUAUUUAUUUUGACUUUAGGUGUCCUUGAUUGGUUAAACUGCGUAUUCAAUAUGCCAUUUGAAAUAGCAGUUUUAUGGCACCCGAUUUCAUUCGAUAUGCAUUACUUAUGUAAAAUAUCGCGAGGCUGUACUUACUUCUUAAACAACACAGGCUCACUGGUUCGCGUGUCUAUUGCGAUAGAACGCUUUAUCGUGGUAUAUUAUCCACUGAAGAGUAGACAACUUACGCCAACAUUCGCGAAAGGCAUGUGUUUACUUGCAUUCAUUGUUAGUUUAAUAUUUUCAUGGCCGUCCUUUGUUUUCUACGGAAGUCACACAAUAACCAUUCCGGUUGCAAACAGCGUCAAUGUCAUAGGGAAGACAUGUUUAAUUGCUGAUGAACAUGAGAUUAGAACUGGACUGCUCCUGAUGUUUACCACGGUAUUGUUUAGUUUGUUUGUUCUGACAUUUGUAGUGCUGAUUGUACUGUAUAUCGCAAUAGGGAGAACAAUCUACAUUGCUUCAUGCUCUGACAUAACGUCGGAUGUUGAGGAAGAUAUUACUGGUUUAUUUAGUACAUGUAAAAGCAUAGUAUCUGCCAUAACAGGAGUCAGAAGACCUAAAGACAUGGAAAAGAAUUCAGUCAGCAAACAUACACAGAGCUUAAAUGGUAAUAAGAGAAUGUUGAAUUUCUUUAAAACCCAAAAUAAUCCAUUACUUUGUGUAAAUGAGACUGCCGAAGUUGAAGAAUCGACAGUAAUCACGGAUACAAAUGAAAAGUUAUCAUCACUGCAGUACAAACGAAACAGUCGAAAGUUUUCGACUGUGAAAAGAAAAGCAACCAGAAAAAAUACUGUGAUGAUGAUGAUGGUUACCAUAGCAUUCAUGCUAUCAUACACGCCAUUUUUAUGUAUUCUCAUAAUACGUUACUCGAACCCUAAGUACUACUUUGGACUGAGUAAUCCAGGGAAAAUUGCCUAUCAUGUCUUUUUGAGAACUUAUUUCAUAAACAGUAUGAUCAAUCCUUUUAUUUAUGGAUUCAUGAACCUUCAUUUCCGGAAAAUGGUGAAACAGUUAUUUUCAAAAGUAUUUUGCAGUGAAUGUUGUGGUAGGGACUCAGGGUUUGCUGUGUAACUAUCGCGUGGAUGUAUAACAGUCUUAAUAAUAUUUCAUUUUUAUCAUUUGAACCUACCAUAAGCAACAUUUUUUUAAAAAAAAUUUAAAGUGUAGAUCAUUUUGUGCAUACCAUCUUUCUUUAAUCUUAAAGAUACUCAUAUUGCAAGAUUUGUUCUGGAAUCGUAUGCAUUGUUCCACAGGCAAGACCUUGUAUAAAUAUUAGGCCAAUAAAAUUUUUGAAGAAAUAUGUUUUAAACCAUAUGAAAAAAACUACAUACGUUUAUUGUUGCUAUGCAUUAAACCAGCCUUGAUAUAGAGUAAUGUUUUAAACAAAGUUUUACACCAAUGCUUUCGGAGUUCUAAACCACUGGGCAACGGUGGAGUUUUCGAAGCAGAUUAAGUAAUUCUGAUUUUGAACUUGACUCCUCUGAUAUUUUAUUUAUUUUUCAUAUUUUUAAGUUUUAAUCAUAAAUGUACAAACCUAAUAGUAAUCAAAAUUCAGACUGAAUCAGAAUCAAAUUCGCUGGCUUUAUCGGUAGCACUUUCAUUACUGAGGUGUAUAACAAUCUGAUCAAUUUGGUCAUCAAACAACAAUUCAGUUUGGCGAUAGUUCUUCUCGGUUGCCAAAACAUGCCUCACAGCAUUUUCCUAAUCUGUAACUCCAAUUUCUGCCAGUGUAUUGUGUGAGAGUGUUUGGACAUCAGUGAGUUUGAAUGCCAAGUUUCUUUAACCGACCUUUUCCUUCAGUUGUGCCCAAAUUAGUUCAAUGUGAUUAAACUCGCAGUGGUAUGGUGGUACACGUAGCAAUUCAUGUCCCCCUUCUUUAAUAACUGAAUAAAUCCUGUAAACGUUUUGUCUAGGUUUGUAAAUACAAAUCAGAUUAGUGUACUGGAAAGUUUUAACAAAUGUAAGGAUACAUAUUUUGAUACUGCACUGAUUACAAACUAAUUCCAUAAAAAUAUACACGGCUACGCUAAUUACCCCUUAUUUCUACAAUGAAAUAAUUGAUUUUUGUAUUUUGUAUUUGCUGGUUAUAUUGUACAUAGAUGAGACUGAAAUAAAUAAAUAAAUAAAUAUUCAUUCACAUUUUAACUGUAUAAUCAACUUUAAAACAAGA